AUGCCUUAUAAUCCACCUACAAAGGUACUAGAGAAUCAACCUGAGACACUAACAACCAAACAUAUUCUAAAACCUUCAGCAAAAGUGAAGAGUAUGGCAGAUGAUAUGACAAAGAAGAGUCAUCCUUCUCCUACUGAGAGUAAGAAGCUGGAGACAGAGAAGAGAAAACUGAGUAUUCUACUCUAUCAGGUAGAGGAUACUGGCUCAGAAACACUGUCAAGUAAUGUCCUUUCUAGUGGACAAGAGGCACAAACUAAGGAGGCAUUUGUAGAAUAUGGAGAGGAACUGUCAGAACUGGAUGUAGUCCAUUUGCUUGCUACUAAAGUUACUAAGGGCUUGCUUUCCUUCAAGAGUAUUGAGCUGGAUAGUGAAACAUUUGAAGAAGAAGACACUAUUAUGUCUACUCCUGUGGUACUCAGGCAUCAAUUAGUAAACAACACUGUCAAAACUGAUAGUGAAAGACUAGUCAAACUAGUGUCUGCCUUAAUGAAGUUGAUACCAACAAGUGUAGAGCUUGGCUACAAAGCAAGCUGGUCAUCAAAGACAGGUAGCAAGCAAAAUAUUAUGUUUAUCAUGUCUUUGGAGGAGCUUGCUGAUUUCUGGGAGGAAUACAAAAGGUAUAAUGCAAAACCAGGCAAGAAAUGUGAGAUUACAGUAAAAAGGCCUGUAGGACAUGGAUCAGGGCAGACUCAGGAGGGUGUAAGAGACUUUAGUAUAGUUGAAACAAGUCUAGCAUCCUUAGCAGCUCAGGACUCAAUUGAGGAGUUGCUUCAGACAGUAAUUCAAGAACACAAAGUAUACACACAUGUAAAUAUAAAGGACCAUACUCAACACCUUAUGUCUGGCAUUGUUACUGCCAGCAGUACAUUGAACAAGACUGUAAUGUAG